GGUGUUAUUCCCAAAACAAGCCCGAUAAGGUGCGACAUUCCAGUCUGGCGUGUUCACACACUAUCUCCACUGAUCUAGUUCUUUGGAAUAUUCCACCUCCCAAGCGGAUCAGAUAUUCUGCGCUGAAUCCAAUACAGCGUUAUAUACCUCAGCAUCUCUCCACUCCCUACAAUGCUCAUCUACGUGGUCCUGGCGUUAUUGCUGUCAACCUCUGCUGCUUCGGGGCCCUGUGCCCCGAACGAGGACCUUCUCAAACUGCUGACUGCCAUCCACACAUCCCCAUCAUACAGCACGAUGUCCGCUGACAAUAGGGCGCUCGUCCCGGAACUGAUUGGGGCAGCCGAAUCUUGUCAGCUGACGGCGUAUAUUGCAACUGUCGGCUUCUACAAAAUCCUGGAUUUGUUGGACAGUGUGACGCCAGCUGAAGCUCACUUCUUCAACUCCUACCUGUCAGCGGUAAGUACAGGUGAAACUCACUUCUUUAACUCCUACCUGUCAGCGGUAAGUACAGGUGAAACUCACUUCUUUAACUCCUACCUGUCAGCGGUAAGUACAGGUGAAACUCACUUCUUUAACUCCUACCUGUCAGCGGUAAGUACAGGUGAAACUCACUUCUUUAACUCCUACCUGUCAGCGGUAAGUACAGGUGAAACUCACUUCUUUAACUCCUACCUGUCAGCGGUAAGUACAGGUGAAACUCACUUCUUUAACUCCUACCUGUCAGCGGUAAGUACAGGUAAAACUCACUUCUUUAACACCUACUUGUCAGGGUAACUACAGGUAAAACUC